GGAAACUAUUACGGUCAAACAAGGUACAAGGUGCCUGCUGCUUCAAGAAGUCCAACAUGAGUUUUCGAACACUUCAGGUUUUGAAGCCCAGACAAAGCUUAAGAUGUGUCCGACAUUUAUCGAAAGUUUCUGGAUUGAAUGAUGUAGUGAUCGUCUCAGCAGUGAGGACCCCUAUUGGCUCCUUCCUAAGCUCCCUGGCUGAUGUACCUGCCACCCGACUUGGCUCCAUCGCCAUCAAGGAGGCAGUGGCCAGGGCAGGUAUCAGUGUGGGGGAUGUGGACGAGGUGUACAUGGGCAAUGUGUUGCAGGCAGCCCAGGGACAGGCACCCUGCCGACAGGCGACACUGGGCGCAGGUCUGCCCAUUACAACACCCACCUCCACCAUCAACAAGGUGUGUGCCUCGGGGAUGAAGUCCAUCAUGCUGGCUGCUCAGAACCUCAUGUGUGGCCACCAGGAUGUGAUGGUGGCCGGUGGUAUGGAGAGUAUGUCCCAUGUGCCGUUCUACAUGAAGCGAGGACAGACACCAUAUGGUGGCAUCAAGAUGAUGGAUGGAAUCGUGUUCGAUGGCUUGACGGAUGCAUAUGAUCACAUUCACAUGGGAGUGUGUGCCGAGAACACGGCCCGCAAGUACAGCAUCAGCCGCGAGGCCCAGGAUGAGUAUGCUGUCAGGAGCUACCAGCUGAGUCAGCAGGCGGCAAAAGCAGGGCUCUUCCAGAAGGAGAUUGUGCCGGUGGAGAUUCCCAAGAAGAGAGGUGACCCUGUGACAGUGUCGGAGGAUGAGGAGUACAAGAAGGUCAACUUCGACAAGUUCAAGUCUCUCAAGGCCGUCUUCCAGAAGGAAAAUGGCACCGUAACAGCUGCCAAUGCGAGCACCUUGAACGACGGCGCUGCAGCUCUGGUCCUGAUGACAGCGCAGGCCGCUGACAGACUCAAAGUGAAGCCACUCGCAAGGAUUCUGGGUUUUGCUGAUGCUGCCAUUGCACCCAUUGACUUCCCUACUGCUCCAGCCAAGGCUGUGCCAAAGGUCCUGGAGAUGACGGGGGUCAACAAAGACGACAUCGCCAUGUGGGAGGUGAAUGAAGCCUUCAGUGUUGUGGUCCUCGCCAACAUCAAAGAGUCUGGCCUUGACCCCAGCAAGGUGAACAUUCACGGAGGAGCUGUCAGUAUCGGCCAUCCUAUUGGUAUGUCUGGCGCUCGCAUCACCGGCCACAUGGCACACAACCUGAAGCCUGGACAGAAGGGCAUGGCCAGUAUCUGUAAUGGCGGCGGGGGAGCUUCGGCCAUCUUGAUUGAGGGACUCUGAAGUUGGCCAACAUAGUGACAAGCAUCAUAUCAACAAUGGUUGCCUGAGCAUCAUGUAAGGGUUGUGUGAAUAGUAUUCUCAGAUGAAUGGAUUUGGAUUAUUUAAUAUUGUUCACGAAGGAUCAUUGUUAAUAAGUGAUAUUAUUUACACAGAUUUAUACAAUUAUGUUGCAUUAGGAGUUUUGAGGAUUUAGUAAUACCAGUAAUAUCCACUCUCUUAAGGAUUUUGUUUAACGUGGUAUCAUUGGUAUUACUGUAAUAAUGGUAACAGGUAUUUUCUUGCAAAUCUUUCUUUUUCUGUUAUAUCAUUAUUAAGAGAAUUGUUAUCUUCCAAACAUUUCUGGCUUGACUUAGUAUCAUAUGAAAUUUUGAGCUUUAUUUAUAGUCAGUAUUAACAAUUUGUCCUGCUAGGUGUGAGGGGCAUUAUGAUACACUUAUCCAACACGAUAUUCGAGUCAUGAAUAGCAAUACUCAAUUGAUCUAAAUGGCUCAGCUAACAAGAGGUUGUUGCUAUUGACCAGAUUGUGUUUAACUUGCAUUACUUUUUAAUUUAGGUUUGUUCUGAUAGUUUCCUGCAGUCAGAAGUAACCAUUUUGUCAUGUCAGGUUUUGAAAAACAUAUAAAAAAAUUAGUUUGAAAAUAAUUCAGAAAACAUGAAUCGAUACAUGGGUAGGUGUAUCAUGUAUCAUCAUCAGGUGUAAAUUUGUGAUGCCUCGGUGAAUCGUGACGGUGCAACUGGAUGUGAAGGUGAGAAGUGACCAGGGGAUGAUACUCGUUCCUGAUGACGUACAGGCCAUAUUGACUAUGGUACAGUAUGCAUCAUGGUACACAGCUGGCAACAUUAUUGAUAUAUAUUUUGUAUAUGGGGCAUUAGACGUAAAGCUUGUUGCAUGGGUAGGAGUGUCCGGGUGAAUCACAACAUCUCUGUGUUGAGGAGAGCCUUGUGGAGUGUGUGUGUGUGAGCGUGUUGAGUGUUCUGUGUAUGACCUAGUAUCAUCAAGUGCUACAUGUAAAUACUGUACAAAACAGGAAUCUCACAGCAGUCAUUAUAUACAUGUACUGAAAUUACCGUUCUCACUUUAAGAAACUAAAACUGUAUUAGAUUUGUGUCAAGCUAAUUGUCAGUUUUUGUGAAUAAAGACUUGGAGAAAUUCUU